CGGUCCCCGUUUACAAGAGCAGGGCGACAGCUGAGGUGCUCCUGCUGCUGCAGAGCGGGGUGAACGGAAGAGGAAUUUCCAAAGCUUGUGGCCUUGCUUCACAGGGUAUUAGAAGGGGAGGAUUUGCAGUCAGAAAACAGCAUCUGAAGGAGUCACCCAAUACAUCCUAACCCGAAUAGCAAGCAUUUUUAACAUGGAAGGAAAAAGCACUGUAGAAAAACCAUGGAAAUGUGGGGACUGCGAGGAGAAAUUCAGUUAUCCAUGUGAGCUGGAAACUCAUCGGCGCAGUCACACUGGGGAGAGGCCAUUCACCUGCUCCGUGUGUGGGAAGGGAUUCACUCGGUCAUCCCAGCUGAUUACACACAAACGAGUUCACACUGGGGAGAAACCAUUCACCUGCUCCGAGUGUGGGAAGGGAUUCACUCAGUCAUCCAACCUGCUCAGACACCAGCGAGUUCACACUGGGGAGAGACCUUUUAAAUGCUCAGACUGUGGGAAGUGCUAUAAAAGUUCAUGGGAACUGCUGCUCCAUCAACGUGUUCACACUGACGAGAGACCGUUCAGGUGCUCUCACUGUGAAACUGGAUUCAAGCGAUCAUCUCAACUCACUGUGCAUCAGCGAAUUCACACUGGGGAGAUGCCAUUCACCUGCCCCAUGUGUGGGAAGGGAUUCUCUCGAUCAUCCCAGCUGAUUACACACCAACGAGUUCACAGUGGGGAGAAACCAUUCACCUGCUCCGAGUGUGGGAAGGGAUUCACUCAGUCAUCCCAUCUGCUGAGACACCAGCGUAUUCACACUGGGGAGAGACCUUUUAAAUGCCCAGACUGUGGAAAGUGCUAUAAAAGUUCUGGGGAACUGAUGUCCCAUCAACCUGUUCACACUGAGGAGAGACCGUUCAGGUGCUCUCACUGUGGAACUGGUUUCAAGGCAUCAUCUCAACUCAUUGUACACCAGCGAGUUCACACUGGGGAGAAACUGUUCACGUGCUCCGAGUGUGGGAAGAGAUUUACUUGGUCAGCCAACCUGUUGAGACACCAACGAGUUCACACGAGGGAGAAACCGUUUAAAUGCUCAGACUGUGGGAAGUGCUAUAAAAGUUCUGGGGGACUGAUGUCCCAUAAACGUUUUCACACUGAUGAAACACCAUUCAGGUGCUCUCACUGUGGGACUGGGUUCAAGCGAUCAUCUCAACUCACUGUACACCAGCGAGUUCACACUGGGAGAGGCCAUUCACCUGCUCCGAGUGUGGGAAGAGAUUCACUCGGUCAUUCACUCUGCUGAGUCACCAGCAAGUUUACAAGUCAUGACAAUGAUUGUAUUUUUCUGCUAAUCACAUCCAGGACAAAACCAUGUUCAUUGGAGUCUGUUUCUGCUGAUGUUAAUAAAUUCCAGUCCAGUUAUAGGUAUUAAUAUUUUGGAUAUAAUAAAAAUAA